CAGUAUACAUUUUUACGAAAUCGAGGUCUUUUAUAUUGACAUUUCGAAACCGGAAACAGCCUCUUUGUGGCGCUACUUUUGGCCAAGUCGGUGCAGAGAUGUCUCUCAGCUCAGUGAACUCCACCUUGUCCAGUCUCAAAUCCUGUCAAGCAGAUGUUGGAGAUUAUAUGGAUAUGGUGUCCGACGUUGCGCUGGGAAUAGUCGAAGCACAAGGUAUGGAAAACAGCCCAUCUCUGAAGAAACUGGGGGAGAUGAUUAUGGAGUGCUCCAGACUAGACAGUGAAAUCAACUGUUUAGUGGAGUCCGUCAAUGAAAUGACUGCUCAGGUCAGACAUGAACCUCCAGAGGCCAUGGUUAAUCUGAGAAGCUCUGUAAAGGACCGCUUCACUGAUCUGAUCGCUGGAGUUUCAGAUUCAGACCUGCGAAGGCACAGCAAGGUGGUUGCUUUUAAAGAGACGGUCAGGAAAUAUGCCAUGCAAGCUCAGAAUCCUGCUGAGAAUGAAGAGGAAGAGCUGGAUGAGGACAUUGCUGUAACACAGAGCCAGACUAACUUCAUCUGUCCUCUCACGCAGGUUGAGAUGGUCAAUCCAGUGAAAAACAAGAAAUGCAGUCAUUACUAUGACCAAGAGGCAGUGCUUGAAAUGAUUAAGAACAAGCACAAAAAUAAGAAGAAAUUUCGGUCCUCCACGAGGUCUUAA